AUGACUUUGCCUUUUCAGUACUCAAAUGAAGAGGAGUCCUCUCUUUUGUUAUUAAAUCGCGACGACGAUGGUAAGAGGAAGAAGAGUUCUUCUUCUUCGUCAUCGUCUGUUAUUAUUCGUGCGGCGGUUUUGGGUGCGUGUGUGACGCUCGGUUCGCUCGCAUUCGUGGCAUCAUCAUCAUCAUCAUCAUCUUCCCGCGCCCCACAGAUGAUGAUGAUGCGAAAAUUGGGCGACGCGACGAGCGGCGAAGAGGCGUAUUUAGGCACGCUUCCGAAACGAACGUGGGGAAGUAACGGUGCGAGUGGAAGUACGAGCGCGCCUGGCGAUGGUGGUGCGUCGACGACGACGACGACAUCGACGAGUAUUGAUCAUCCUCUUCUGAGUGUCGAUCGGCUGGGAAAAGAAGAGCAGGGUGAUGGUGGCGUUGCGAGCGGGGAAAUGACUUCCAACAACAUCGAGCAGCAGAAGCAGCAGCCCGUGGCACAACAACAACAACAACAAGGACCGACGAAGCCGCAAGCGCUGGAAGCGAGAGUGUGGCAAAAGAGCGAGUCGUUCGUCGAAGACGACGAGGAGGAACGCGCUGCGAUGAAGGAACAAGAACAACGAGAACAACAACAUCCGGAAGAGCGAGAACAAGAACAACAGCAACAACCGAACCAAGAGCAGCAGGUGGAAGAGCAGCCGCAGCAGCAGCGCGAGGAAGAGCAGUUGCAACCGGAAGAACAAAAACCUCGCGAAGAGUUGGAAGUUUUAGAAGUUUUAGAAGCUCCCGCCGACGCGGUUUUGGUCGAAGACAACAAAGAAGAAUCAAAAGUUGCGGAAAGCGCGCGUGCGGAAGAAGGACCGAACGUCGUCGUCGCGGUUACGAGGGAAGAGAAAGAAGACGUUAAAGAAGUCGUUGUUCCCGCCUCCGUAGAAGAAGUCAAAGAAGAAGUCCAAGAAGAAGUUAAAGAAGAGGAGAAACAACCGAUUCCGAGAUGGCGCUUGAACAUGCAAAAUAUCGCGCAUAGCGCGAGCGAUGCGUUGAAGAGGAGAACGUCUACGAUAUCCAACGAGCGAGAACAACAACAAGAACAGCACGUAGUAGAAGACGGUAAAGAGCAAGAGAAACAAAGAAUCGACGCAGAAAUAGAAGAGCAACGACGACAAAUUGACAUGGAAAACGAACAAAAACGAAAAGAAGAAGAAGAAGAAGAAGAAGAAGCGGCGAAAGUAGUAGAACCGGAAAUGGGCGAGGACGAAGCUCCACCGCGAGGUGUGAUGGAAAACUUAUACGACAUCGAUAACGGAAGAUACGAAGGCGAGGUUGUUCAAGUCCCGUUUGCGUUUUACGCCAACACGAAAUGGGCCGGCGCAGAUUUCUGGAAACACGAUUGGGAUACUCCGAACAUGAGCGACGAGCAAAAAGCGAAACCGGACCCGACGAAAUUCAUGCCGGUGUUUAAAACCCACGGUGUAGAUUCCGCAGACGUCGUCGUUACCGCUCACGCGACAAACAUCAAAUCAACUGGAUGGGUUAUCGUCGAUUCCGCGAAGCGAAACGGUUUACAAGUAGUCAUCUCGGGCAACGGGACCGAUUUCCACGGUUUCGCGGAUAAAAUGAUGGGUUUAAAAGCCGCUUUACAUUCCAUCAACGGCAACCCGAUCGUCAUCAACACCGAUGCCAACGAUGUCAUGCUUCAAUGUUCCGGCCAAGAAUUUAAAAACCGAUUCAACCAAGCGAACGCGGAUUUCAUUUUCGGCGGCGAAACGCAGUUAUGGCCGGAAAUCCACGCCUACUUUGAGAAAACCGACGAAAUAGCCUGGAAAGAGAAAAUGUCCGACACUCUCGGUAAAAUCGGCGCGGCUGGACCACCGGCGCAGCUUACCGGCGCACAUCCGAACGUUUGGGCCAACGCCGGGUCAUUCAUGGCGAGGAAAAACGACAUGUUAAAAUACAUCGAAGAAACCGAACAGCGCAUGGCGAGACACCCGGGAUCAGAGCCAGACGAGUGGGGAAUGACGUGCCGCCCGGCGGGCGUCACCGACGAAGACUUUGCCGACGUCAACGGUUCCGGAUGGGUCAACUGGUUCGACGACCAAGAGUGCUUAACCUCCUUCCAAAUGCGACAUUUAAUGGAUCGAUCCUUGCGUCACAAAUUAGACGCGGACGGGUCCAUCUUAUUUAGCGCCGGCGGCACGCCCAUGGACCAAAUCGGCAAAGACAACAAAAACAUGGUCUUCCACAAAGAAACCGGCAAAGCCUCGUGUUUGUGGCACUUUAACAAUCCGCAGGCGAAAAUCCGUUUAAAAGAUUUCGCGAACGCCUUCCCGGAUAAAUUCUUAACCCCGCACGGAAGAGAAGUGAUGUUGAGCACCUCGGACGAACAUCCGGGAAAUCGAGACCCGGGACCUUCGUCUGCGGCUGCGUUUAGCGCUCGAUCGAGCGCUCGAGCGGCGGCGAAUUGA